AUACCUUUCCCUCUUGAGUAACUCUCUUGUCUUUCCAAUCAGAAAGCAGCCUCUUGGAUUCUGUCUGGAACACUCUCAAUGCAGCUCACGUGAAACUGUGCUCUGCUGAAACCCUUUGGAAACAGCAGGACAUGAAAAUGAUACUUCACCGAUGGAUCUGAUGGAUUAACUACAGAUAAAACCUUGACAGCUUGUAAGCAAGUUCAAACUGUCUUGUCUUGUGGUUUGCAAGCCACAACGAUAGAACAACAUGGCACGAGGUUUAAAUUAACCAUGACUGCUCUUUCAUGACAGGACCAGCAGGAGCACACAGCGGAAUAUGUCCAACCGUAUGGGUCAUGAUCGGCCCAGAAAUCCCUUGCUCUCAGCUGUCUCGGCUCUCUUGUGGGCCUUGCACUUUGGAAUAUUGUUCGGAAGUGCACUGGUGACCGCUUGUCCCAAGAGCUGCCACUGCAUGGAGAAGAACAGCCUUGCCGUGCUGCAGUGCAUGUCGCGCAACCUGGAGAACAUCCCGGCUGACCUGCCCCGUGACACUGUAGUCCUGCUGCUGGCCUCAAACAGGAUUACCAAGAUCCCCAAACAGGCUUUUAAGGACCUCAACAUAUUACAGGAACUGGAUCUGUCCAACAACGCCAUUGAGACGGUGGACGCUGGGGCCUUCCAGGGGGUCUCCGACGUCCUUCGGAUCCUGGACCUGUCCAACAACCGCAUAAGCAGCGUGCCCAAAGAGGCAUUCGCCAAACUUCGGGCCAAAAUCAGCCUCUCCAACAACCCCUGGCACUGCGAGUGCAGCUUGCAGGAGGUCCUGAGGGAGCUGAGACUGGACCCAGAGACGGUCAACGAGGUGAGCUGUCACACGGCUGUGGCGGAGGAGUACGCCGGCAAACCCGUUAUCCAGGUCCUGGACUCGGGCAUCAACUUCUGCAACUUCCACCACAAGACCACCGAUGUGGCCAUGUUCGUCACUGUGUUCGGCUGGUUCACCAUGGUGAUAGCCUACGUGAUCUACUACGUGCGGCAGAACCAGGAGGAUGCCAGGAGGCACAUGGAGUACCUCAAGUCCCUGCCCAGCAGCUCGCAGAUCAGCAAAGACUUUGACACGAUCAGCACGGUUCUCUAGCAGGCCCGCUGUGGCACACAUUUGAGUGAGCGAGGGAGUGAGUGAGUGAGUGAGUGAGUGAGGGAGUGAGUGAGUGAGUGAGUGAGUGAGUGAGUGAGUAAGUGAGUGAGUGAGUGAGUGAGUGAGUGAGCGAGCGAGUGAGUGAGUGAGCGAGUGAGCGAGUGAGCGAGCGAGUGAGUGAGUGAGUGGAUGAUAGGGGGAAUGGUGUUCUUGAUUUUUAAACUGGGAUUUAUUUUAGGUGGCCUUAGGAGACGAUAGAUCUGGACUUCAUCUGGACCUUUAGUAUUUAUAAUCGCUCUCUGUCUUUCUGUGUGUACACAGAUAUACUAUCUUCAUUUGACCAGUUUCUCAAAGCAGGAAAAUAAUCCUUCCGCAACAGGAAAUGUGAAUUAUUAUGUGGAUUAUAAUGAGCAUUUGUGUAGGGGUUGAUACGUUUUUCGUCGGGGCAAAUCAAGACAUUUUAAAGUGGAAAUUCCAAACUUCAGAGGCCUUUUUAAACCUCAAAUCCACUAAAAGUUGCAUUUCCUGCGGCACAGGAACAUUUUCUUUGACAACAGAGUGAUCAAAUUACGAAAAAGGACAUACAUGGACAAAUCUGGCAUUUUAUCAUCUAGACUAUCAUUUCAUUUCUAUUCAGGUGAAGGCUAGUUCUUUUAGAACACCAUUUUUACUUGACAUCUCUUGCGAUACUGCAUUUAAGUGGGAGAGUUAUGCUGUUCAGAACUUGUUAUAUUUCCUUGUGGCACACAGAUUGGUUCCUAGCUACAACUCAUUAUACUCUGCAAACCACCCCAGAAUCCCCAUGUACAUGUGGUAAAUGCGCACCGUUGUCUGUUUACGCAACAUCUGUUUACAUGCAAAUUCAACGGAAUUCAUUAGACAAGUGGAAUAAAAGUCGAUUGAUAGCUAGACUGUUACAUUUCUGUCGCUUUAGCCCAACCAUUAACAUAAGCCAUACUAAUUUUUGUAUUGGUCUUUCUGUAGCUAUGUGGUUAUGAGACAUGCAUGCCGAAGUGCCUAUCUCCUUUGAGUUCUACACCUUAACACUGUGUAUUGGGCUGUACUAGAUCAUGUUCCCUCCCUGUCCUUCUGCCAUGUACAAUUCCCGCUAAUGCUGUCUUUUAAUCUAGUUAGUUGCUACUCAGGGGGGAAAGUUGGUUGCAAUGAAGUAAUUAUGGUGUCAUUGUCAGGUUGUAUACUGGUUACAUAAGGAGGUUUAAUUAAUGUAUUUUUAGCAAUCAAUAUAAAUUCAUCUUUAUCUGGUUAUUUGACCAGAUAACAACCAAAUAUGACAUCUGAUAUGACGUCUUCUCAAUCAAAAAAUCAGUUUACAACCAGAAAAUUGUUCUUAAGACGUGUCAAUUUUUGCCUGCUGGCUAGGAAGUUUUUAUCUGUGUAGUUAGACUUUCUCCUCAUUUUGUUUGGUGUUUUAGUGGUCAAAUGUGAGGCAACAUCUUGUAUGGUUUAUACAAUCUGUGCUUGUAUGGGAUAUUGACUUUGACUUCUACACCUUAAGACCACCGAUGUAUCCCACAUGCUAAAAUAGAUCAAAAUGUUUUAUCAAUGUUGUCAUAAUGUUCAAUGAAUGGGCCAAGUGUCCGUUUUUCUGGGACUGGGCCCGGUCUAAAGUGUUAUUGUCAUUAGGUCAUAUAUAUUUGCACAUUGUUAUAGAAUUGAAAGGUCUUCAGUCAUUUCUUGUAAUUACCAUUGUGCAAUUUCUGUUGUUUCUAUGUGUCAAUGUAGAAUUGUUACUUAGAUUUAUAAUCUGUGGAAUUCAAAAUGGACACCAUAGCAGCAUUUCAAAAUUAAGGUUGUUAUACAUAACUUUCUUUAGCUUACUUAACUGUUUAUUCUGCUUGUAUUUUGGCACUGUGGCUGCAAGGACAGUGUUUGAUGUAUGAAAGAACUAUGAUAUUGCUGUCUGAAAGUGCAUAAAACCAAUGCCUCUCGAACAGAAGGGCACACAAAAAAUGGAUCUAAUUUGUUUUACCGAGCUUGACCUGCAGAAGUAGAACUCUGACUUAUUGCUUUGUAGUGAUGAGAUUUCAUGAUGGCGCAGGGAAAGUUGAUGUCACGUUAAUAAUGGAUUUCUAAUCGAACGAGUGUUCUGUUCCUUGCAGAGAAUGUGUUUGCUAUUCUGAUUGAGUGUCCACAGAAUCCCAUUUAUUUGAGAGUGGAUUUUAGGGUUCCCUUCUAUCCAGUUGGUUUCUGUGAUAUACUAAUAUGUCCUUGUAAUUACACCUGAACAUGAAUGUUAUCGUGAAAUUCCUUUGGCAACAACUCCUCCAAACUGCAGGUGGUGUGUUAAUUCAGAUAUUUUUUCCGCCAAUUGGUAUUGUGACCAAUCACAUCAGAUCUGUUCACAUCAGAUCUUUUUCAGAGCUGAUCUGAUUGGUCAAAAUACAUUUCAGAAUUGGGCUGCCUGUGUAAACAUACUCAUGCACAUUUGUGGCCUGCUGGAGGUCAUUUUGCAGGGCUCUGGCAGUGCUCCUCCUUGCACAAAGGCGGAGGUAGCGGUCCUGCUGCUGGGUUCUUGCCCUCCUACGGCCUCCUCCACGUCACCUGAUGUACUGGCCUGUCUCCUGGUAGCGCCUCCAUGCUCUGGAGACUACGCUGACAGACACAGCAAACCUUCUUGCCACAGCUCGCAUUGAUGUGCCAUCCUGGAUGAGCUGCACUACCUGAGCCACUUGUUUGGUUUGUGAACUCCGUCUCAUGCUACCACUAGAGUGAAAGCACCGCCAGCAUUCAAAAGUGACCAAAACAUCAGCCAGGAAGCAUAGGAACUGAGAAGUGGUCUGUGGUCACCACCUGCAGAACCACUUCUUUAUUGGGGGUGUCUUGCUAAUUGCCUAUAAUUUCCACCUUUUGUCUAUUCCAUUUGCACAACUGCAUGUGAAAUUUAUUGUCAAUCAGUUUUGCUUCCUAAGUGGACAGUUUGAUUUCACAGAAGUGUGAUUGACUUGGAGUUACAUUGUGUUGUUUAAGUGUUCCCCUUAUUUUUUUGAGCAGUGUACAUUUUCAAGUUCAUAACUGUGCACUCUCAUCAAACAAUAGCAUGGUAUUCUUUUACUGUAAUAGCUACUGUAAAUUGGACAGUGCAGUUAGAUUAACAAGAACUGAAGCUUUCUGCCCAUAUCAGAUAUGUCCUGGCAAAUGUUCUUGUUACUUACAACCUCAUGCUAAUCACAUUUGCGCAAGUUAGUUCAAUCGUCCCGCGGGGGGAUACCGAUCCUGUAGAGGUUUUAAGCCUGAAUUCAAUCCAUUGCCAGAACAACUGCACUACGGAUUCACUAAUUUUGCUUACGCCCGACUUAGUCUAAUCCACUGAUGGGACUUGAGCCACGUAAACUUUUCAAAAUAGAUACGUUCCUUUCAACAUAAAAUACUUGUCCUGGAAACGUAAAGUGAUAUUGAAAGAAAUUUGAUUUUAGAGGUAACAGCCCUUUUGACUAGACUCAUCUGGCAAUGACUCAUCAAAUGGUCCUUACUCACAUUUUGUCCGCCCUCGCAAAUAAUACGUAAUCAACAAAAAUCUACACAUUUUGAUAAAUGACUCAAACCAAUGUUAAAAUUCUAUUAACCAUGAUUACUCCAAGGGAAGUAGAUCCAAGAGAAGUGAUAAGCCGAUCUGAUCGUUUUCAUGAGAACAGUUAGUAGACUUCGAAAGGAAAAGUAUGCUCCAGUGAUUCAUGUGAUGUAUCGAACUUUGAGAGUUAUUGCUCCACUACCUUUUCUUAUAAUGUGACAUUUAGGUUGGUAGCUAGUGAGAUGUGGUAAAACAGACAUUGUGGUCAAGACCAGAACUUGCAACCCAGGCCAGAACCCUUAAAACCCAGAUCUAGAGCCAACCUCUUGAGACCAAGACCCAGUGUAUCAAGGCCAUGACGAGACCAAGACCAGACCCUGUGGAUUGAGACUGUGAUGAGACAAAGAGCGCAUUUCUGUGCUGCAGUGGUCUCAAGACCACGAGACUCCUUGUCUCAAUACACUCAGGGAACAUAUACAUAUCCCGCUCUUCCUCUCCCACACCUGUAAUGAUAAUAUGUAUAGUCAAAACUAUAGGUUGCAUUUAAAUGAAUGUCUCCCUAGGGCCACACUUUCUUAGCGUACACUGUAGCUUCAUGCAACACAUUGUUGCACUUUUUAUUCAAAUUUUCGCCCUUCACUUACAUCUUUAUAGAAAGCGUACAACAUCAUGAUAACAAUUUUGCAAGUAAUAAGUUAGUUAGUUCAGUGCGGUUUUGCACACAGAAAAUUAUGCUCUAUAACAUGAUACAAAGUUCAUACAAUUGGGAACUUCAAUGUCUUCUGUAGCUCAAUAAGUAGCGACUUCAUUUCCUGUACACAUGACUAUCAUCAACAACACAUUAUUCUCCAUCUCUAUUCAUGAAAGGAAAUGAGCAUGAUACAUUAGUUAUCAGCUGGCUGCUGAUUCACAACUAAUUUGGCAGCAUUUGCUGAAGGGAUACAAAUGAAGAUGUAAGUAUCAGCAACUGUUUGGCACGCUCAACAAGGCAAAGUUGGGUUACAAAUGUAUUGAGUGGUCACCAGUAUUUGAAUCUGUUGUCAAAAUCUUUUUGUUUGUGGUAUGAUGUUUAUUAUGUAUGCAACAGAAUUUCCGAACCUAGAGAUAAAAAUCUGUUAGGAAAAUGCAUUGUGGUUAAGGAACAGUGAGAGAGACAUGAAUGCCUCCCUCUGUCCUCAUUACUUCAAACAUGAGCCAAAAGACUCCUUCCUUCCUGUUGCAUUAUUCUUAGACAUUGUGAUUUGAGGUAGAUCAUGUGUGUACCAUAGAGUCUGCAUUAUGAAACGGUCAUUCAUACAGGCAAUUCAUUACUUUCAAAGGACUGGGUGCUGAAUGACCUCAUGAUAUCAGAUCAAUGUGGCUCUCAAAUAGCAUUAAGAGGUCCGGAGAGCAAGUGAGUAUUGUUGCAUACUGUUGACUCUCAGCGACAUCGCCUACCGUUUAGUGACUGGCAUUGUUCUGGGUAGUGGGUCCUUUUUAUUUCACCUUUAUUUAACCAGGUAGGCUAGUUGAGAACAAGUUCUCAUUUGCAACUGCGACCUGGCCAAGAUAGAGCAUAGCAAUUCGACACAUACAACACAUAGAGUUACACAUGGAACGAACAAAACAUACAGUCAAUAAUACAGUAGAACAAAAGAAAACAAAAAGUCUAUAUACAGUGAGUGCAAAUGAGGUAAGAUAGGGGAGAUAAGGCAAUAAAUAGGCCAUGGUGAUGAAGAAACUACAAUAUAGCAAUUAAACACUGGAAUGGUAGAUGUAAGACCUGGUUCGAGAUGAAUGUGUUCUGCAAACGUCUUUGUCAGGCUGAGAGGCUUCCGGAUAAAAACAUUGCACUCAAUAAAACAGUGGGGGCAUUCAACAUUAUGUGGUAUCUAUCUUUAUUUCAAGAAAAUAUCAGAGCCAGUACAGUAUGGUUUGGGUUGACACGAUAGUAUGAAAAUUGCAUUAGUAUGUGUAUUAUUCCUAACUUUAACUGUUAACAUUAAUCUGCAAUAUUCCACCCCAUCUUCCUUGUCCUCCUCUCUUCUUUUCCCUCUCUUCCUCUGCUCCUCCUCUUCCUCUCUUGAACCUCUUUCUCUCCUCCAUCUCUUCCUCCUCUUCCACUCCUCCUCUUCAUCUUAGUCAUCUGCAUCUGCCAGUUACUGGAUGCCCAUAAACCACUUCUGAAAUGUGUUCGGCCUCAGAAAGCAGCGCUGAGGUUUCCCAUUAAUCACAUUUCGAGGAGGGAGGGCUUCAACCAUUGACAGCGUCCGUAAAUUUAGACUUCAUCAAUCAACUGAACUUCAGUGGCAUCUGUAAUGCAGAGUCAAUAUUUUAGGUCAUCUUUCCCUUCGAUUCUUUAGGGUUUUGUACGCCCUUCUAUGUGUUUUUUUUUCACCGACUUGAUUACGGUGGUGUUGCUGCAAAGUUAACUCCAAUUUCACAUGAAUGGAAAUUUUGGAUUCCAAACACAGGGAGUAUUUUGGGCUAUUAUUCUGAUGAGAGAGCAUCAGCACCAACCAAACAAAGGUUUAAUGUAUAUUUUAUCUGAUUUUAAUUGCAGCCUCAGGGAUAGCGUAUGCAGAUCUGAAAGAAUGGGCAAUGCAUAUUAAUCGAGAUUAUUCAUUGGUACGGUUCAUUAUCACUAAAAUUUACAAAUCUAUCUCAACCAGCCCCCAUCUUCCCAUUCAAAGCAAUUAUUUUGCCUUCAGAGAUUAAUGUCUGUCCAUUAACUGGUAUAAAUGUUACCUAUAGAUUUGGUGGUAUAUUUGGGAAGGGUGUAGGAAUAAAUCAAUACCUGAACCUCACUAACACCAUCUUUGUCACGAUCGUCUAUGGGUGAGAGAGAGGACCAAGGCGCAGCGUGUGCAAAAUACAUUCUCUUUUAUUUAGAGAAAGGAAAAACACGAAACGAACACUGAAUACAAACUAAACAAAACAACCGUGAAGCUAAAUUACGUAAGUGCAAUGACAAGCAACAACCGUUCAACAUAGACAAUUACCCACAAAACCCCAAUGCCUAUGACUGCCUUAAAUAUGGCUCUCAAUCAGAGACAAUGAACCACAGCUGCCUCUAAUUGAGAACCAAUCUAGGCAGCCAUAGACAUAACUAGACAACUACACUAGACACUGCCCCAUACACAUACAACACCCCUAGACACUACAAAAACACAUACAUUCCCCAUGUCACACCCUGACCUAACUAAAAAACAUAAAGAAAACAAAGAAUACUAAGGCCAGGGCGUGACAAUCUUGGAAAACAGCAACCCUCAGAACCUAUAGGAAAUCAUACAUUCAGUGCAGCCUGUAAAGUAGCCUGCCUCGCUGUAAUGUCUAACUAAUGUAAUUAAGAAAGUGGCACCCCGGAGCUGCACUAGAUGUCAGGGCAGGGUUUACAGGAUAAGAUCGAACACGUUACAACCUGGCACGUCAGUGUAAAGGCCAAGGUGGUUUUGGAAGGGGUCAAGUGCUCUGUAAGAACAGUGGGGUGAGAUUCUACAGGGGUACAACAGAUGGUGCAUGGAGUGUG